GCGUUCAGAGCCACACAUCUUCUCCUGCUUCCAGAGUUCUUCCGGUCACCAAGAAGCAAUUGUAACAUGGAUGCCCAGAACAAGGAGGUCGCUGCUCUGAUCGAGAAGAUCGCCGGUCUCCAGGCCGCCAUCGCCGAGCUGCCGUCGCUGAGCCCGUCCCCUGAGGUCGACAGGCUCUUCACCGCCCUCGUCACGGCCUGCGUCCCGCCGAGCCCCGUCGACGUGGAGAAGCUCAGCCCGGAGCACCAGAGGAUGCGGGAGGCGCUCAUCCGCCUCUGCUCCGCCGCCGAGGGGAAGCUGGAGGCGCACUACGCCGACCUGCUCGCCACCUUCGACAACCCGCUCGACCACCUCGCCCGCUUCCCCUACUACAGCAACUACGUCAACCUCAGUAGGCUGGAGUACGAGCUCCUGGCGCGCCACGUGCCGGGCAUCGCGCCGGCGCGCGUCGCCUUCGUCGGCUCCGGCCCGCUGCCGUUCAGCUCGUUCGUCCUCGCCGCGCACCACCUGCCCGACGCGCAGUUCGACAACUACGACCUGUGCGGCGCGGCGAACGAGCGCGCCAGGAAGCUGUUCGGCGCGAGCGAGGACGGCGUGGGCGCGCGCAUGAAGUUCCACACGGCGGACGUCGCCGACCUCACGCAGGAGCUCGGGGCGUACGACGUGGUCUUCCUCGCCGCGCUCGUCGGCAUGGCGGCCGAGGAGAAAGCCAAGGUGAUAGCCCACCUGGGCGCGCACAUGGUGGAGGGGGCGUCCCUGGUCGUGCGGAGCGCGCACGGCGCGCGCGGCUUCCUGUAUCCCAUCGUUGACCCGGAGGACAUUAGGCGGGGCGGGUUCGAGGUGCUGGCCGUGCACCACCCCGAAGGUGAGGUGAUCAACUCUGUCAUCGUCGCCCGUAAGGCCGUCGACGCGCAGCUCAGUGGGCCGCAGAACGGAGACGCGCACGCACGGGGCGCGGUGCCGCUGGUCAGCCCGCCAUGCAGCUUCUCCACCAAGAUGGAGGCGAGCGCGCUUGAGAAGAUUGAAGAGUUGGCCACAAAAGAGCUGGCCUUUUGAUUCGAAAAUGUGCGUGCUGAUCAUCUUUUUUUUCGAAAAGGGCGUGCUGAUCAUCUGUCCUCAACUCGUCAUUCUGUCGCCUGCAUCGUGGUAAAUUUCCUACUCGUGUGUUGUUUUGAUGUUUGUGCCUGCAAGAAAUAUGCGUUCUGCCUUGUGGAGUUGUGUUGUUAAUUUACACACGUUACAUGUAGUAAGUACUACUUGUAUUUGUACCUGGAGUAAUGGUAUGUAAGAGAAAUAAUGUGUGAUUUGAAGUGCAAUGUUAAAUAUACGGGUUUGCUAUUUAACA